GUUGAUUAUUAACCCACUAACAUGGGGAUGGCAGUUGUUGGGUCCACGCAGUUGGGUCCACUGCCUGCACAAGCUUGACCACAUCUGGAUUUACUUUCAUUACGCUCUGUUUUUCACUGUUUCAAGCAACGUCCAGGCUGGCCCGCUGGAAAUGAAGCUGCGUCUUGUUCUGCUGCUGCUGUGUCUGAGCCGCCCGGGGCUGACAGAGGAGACCGCCACAGCAGCUCCGUUAGUCACAGAUGAAGCAGAGGAGGAACAUGUCAGGAACUGUGGGAGAACAUUCAGCCAUGAGGAACACAGGGUGAUAGGGGGCGCCAUAGAGCAGCUGGGGCUGAAGAUCCUGGAGAAGCUUCCCAUCAGCCCGCAGCAGCCCAACGUCAUCCUCUCCCCCCUCAGCCUGGCGUUCGCCCUCGCUCACCUCACCCUGGGUUCCCGCAACGAAACAGAGACUCUUCUCCUGCAGAGCCUUGAUGCCCACAAGCUGCCCUGCUUCCAUCAUGUCCUGGGAAGCCUUCUGCUGCAUUUCAGCCACACGUCUCUGGAGGUGGCGGCACGCAUGUACCUGCGGCCAGGAUUUGACGUGAAGUUGUCGUUUGUCGAGGAAUCUCUGGCCAGGUACCGGUCCCGGCCUUUCCCUCUGGUCUCUGUGGACGAGGUCAACCAGUGGGUGGAGAACGUCACCCAGGGCCACAUCCCCAACUUCCUGGAAAGCAUUCCCCACGACGUGGUGUUAAUGCUCCUCAAUGGGGUUUACUUCAAAGGUGAAUGGAAGACCCAGUUUGACCCCCAGGAGACCUCAAAGAGAGCGUUUUACCUCGACAGCCAGAAUUCAGUUUUAGUGGACAUGAUGAAGUCUGUCCAUUAUCCUCUACGCCUGAUGGACGACCCUGAGCUGCAGGCACAGGUUGGCAGCUUUCCCUUCAAAGGAAACACCAGCUUCCUAGUCGUCCUUCCCAGAGGAAACGUGUCGUCCGUGCUCCCCAGACUAAACAUCUCUGACCUCUACAGUCGUCUACCUCAAGAAAAAUCCAUGCUAGUCAACUUGCCCAAGAUGAAGCUCCAAUAUCGGCAGGACCUCGAGGAGGCGUUGACCAGCAUGGGUCUCGGCUCCCUGUUCUCGGAUCCGGACCUCUCUGGGAUUUCCGACCAGCCCCUCCGGGUGUCCAGCGUCCGCCACGCCACCACCGUGGAGCUCACCGAAGAAGGCGUGGAGGCGGCCGCCACCACUGUUGUGACUGCUAUGCGCUCCAUCUCCCUCUUCUCUGUGAACUCCCCUUUCCUGUUUGCCCUCGUCGAUGACGUCUCCCUGGCCCCCCUCUUCCUGGGCAUCGUCACCAACCCGGCCCCCAACAACGACCCCAUGCCCAACGACGACCCCCACAGCAACAGCACCAUGAACGACCAGCCUGCAGCCGAGGCAGCCAGGAAAACAGAGCUGAAUGCUGAGCACAACAGGCUGCCAGCAGAGGGCAGCACGCCUCAGUCCUGCAGCGCCCCCGCUGGUGGGAAGGAGCAGUCGCAGCCGGCCGGGGAACAAGACGGCAGCCGUCAGACACAAGCAGAUGAACCGUGCUCCAAAGCAGACAGCUUCGUACCGGCCUGAGAUCCUCAUAAAGAAACCAGUCGCCAUCUCUUCAGAUGAAGCUCUUCGCUGAGUUAGAGGAGGACUCUGACCCCAGCGUCACAUUUCCAGGUCAUUACCACCAGCAGCUGCUCAGCCACUGCGCCUAAAUAAAGGCUGGACAACAAUUUCCACCCUGAGAACUCUCUGAAUUUAACGUUUUAGCACUUCUGUACAUUUGUUUCACCUCUCUCUGUCAGACGGGACAAUCGCCGGUCCAAACAUCUUGUAGUUUAGCUAAAAACAUCCUGCUGUCAGACGGUCAGUCAGCUGAUGUUUUUAUCAUUUACUUUUUCUGUUUGUAUUAAAUACAAAGUUUGUUCUUAAUAAAACCGCAGAAAAAUCUUCCAGUGAGUAAAAUCAGCACCUGAGAGAAACAUUGUUGUGCAGCAGGUUUUAUUUGAACUGCUGAGGUUUUAUCAACAUGUUCAGACUUUAACUGGAUUACCAAUACCUGGCAAAUAAAAGACUUUACUGUUGUAAA